GGCCCUGGGGCCGCCCACUCUCCCCCCGUAGAUCCCUGGUCUGCACUGCAGAGAGGCGGGCGGUGCGGGCGGAGUCCCCGCAGAUGAGCCAGCCUUGCAGGGGAGGACUCGCCCGCUCGCCCGCCGCCUCUUCCUCCGCACUUGGGCAGAUGGCGCCGGGAGGAGCGAACAACCCACCGCUCCGAGCUCCGCGCAGCCGCCUGGCUCCCCUUCCUCUCCUGGCCGAGCCACCCCUGCUAAAGUGGCCGCUCGUUGGAUGCUGGGGGUGGGUGACCCGCUCCGUGUAGUGAUGCGAAAGUGCUUCCUGUUUGCUCACAACAACUUAGGCGUUUUGCAGAGGCGCAGCUUGUUUUAAUGCUUGGAGGCUGGAUCGGACGCCUGUGGGGGCCCAAAGGGUAGAAAUCACCCAGAGGCAAGACUCCUGUGACAUUUGAUGACAUCACAGUGUACUUGCUUCAGGAGGAAUGGAUGCUGCUGAGUCAGCAACAGAAGGAGCUCUGUGCUUCUGACGAGCUGGUGGCGCCACUGGGAAAACACAAGAUGGGCUACGUGGAAGAAAUGGACGUGCACGGUCCAGCCAGAGAAGCUGGGCCAUACCUGCCACCGCAGAAGAAAGCCUGUCCCUCUCACUUGGGUACAGAGAGAGACGCCAUUGAGGAAAACCGCACAGGAAAAAGCAAAAAGCCCCUGAGACCCCGGUCCAUCCAGAAGUCGUGGUUUGCGCAGUUCCCGUGGCUGGCCACGAAUGAGGAGCAGACGUCUCUCUUUUGCUAUGCUUGCCGAGAAUUCUCGUCUGUCAGGGGCAGACGGUCCAGACUGAUAGAAGGUUAUACAGGACCAUUCAAGGUGGAGACUCUCAAAUGCCACGCCAAGAGCAAAGCUCACCUGUUCUGCAUUGAUGCCUUGGCAGCACAGGACCCCACCUGGACAGCCCGUUUCCGGGGCAUCCAAGAUGCCAGCCCGGAGCACCUCUUCCCUGCAGAUUAUCCCAUCUUGUACCCCCCAGGGCCUCUGGGGGCCUAUGAGAACAUGGCCCAGCUUCUGCCCAGCUCUUGGGCUGAACUGGAGGACCCUGGGCAGAAUGGAGCAAUUCCUGCAUUGUAUCUGGACUGCACUUCCGAGUUCAGGCAUAAAGAAGCCGCUGAUGACGUCAGUAGCUCCUCAAAUGCUAAUAUUUGGUGUAGUCACUCUGCUGAACCCUGCAGCCAGGAUCCUUCUGAAGAGGGGCUGUUCUCAGAGGUUCCUGUGAUGUUUGAGGAGCUGCCGGUGGUGUUCGAGGACGUGGCUGUGUAUUUCACCCGGGAGGAGUGGGGCAUGCUAGACAAACGGCGGAAGAUGCUGUACAGAGACGUAAUGCGGCAGAAUUACGAGCUGUUGGCAUCCCUGGGGCCUGCUGCUGUCAAACCAGACUUGAUCUCAAAACUAGAGCGUGGAGCUGCACCCUGGAUCAGGGACCCAAAUGGGCCGAAGUCGGGGAAAGGGAGAAAGAAGAUGGUGGCCAGAAGAGAGGCAGACACACAGGCCUCAGCUGUAGAGCCUGCAUUACUUCCAGCUCCUUCUGUGGAGACAUGUACCUCCUACUGCGGUUCCAGCCUUUGUGAAGUAGAAGUGGAGGGGCCUAGGAAAAUCAAGAGGACUUACAGACCCCGCUCAAUUCAGAGGUCCUGGUUCGGGCAGUUCCCAUGGUUAGCCGUUGACCCAGAAGAGACCAAGCUCUUCUGCUCAGCUUGCAAAGAAAGACCGAGUCUCCAUGACAAAUCAUCGCGGCUAGUCCGAGGCUACACGGGGCCUUUUAAAGUAGAGACUUUAAAAUACCAUGAAGUCAGCAAAGCACACAAGCUCUGCGUCAACCCUUUGGAAAUCAUGGAAGAUAGCCCGCAGGCUCCCCUAGCCCCAGAGGUCUCCAGCAACCUGAUGGCAAACAUGGAGCACUUUUUCAACGCCGCCUACUCCAUCGCGUACCACUCGAGGCCCCUGAAUGACUUUGAGAAGACCCUGCAACUCCUCCAGAGCACUGGGACCAUGAUUUUGGGCAAGUACCGAAAUCGUACCGCGUGCACUCAGUUCAUCAAAUACAUCUCUGAGACUCUGAAGAAGGAGGUCCUCGAGGACGUCCGGAAGUCGCCUUGUGCGAGCGUGCUGCUGGACAGCUCCACAGAUGCGUCCGACCAGGCCUGUGUGGUCAUUUACAUCCGCUACUUUAAGGGGAUGGAGGUGAAAGAGUCUUACAUCACGUUGGCCCCGCUGUACAGUGAGACGGCGGAUGGGUACUUUGAGACCAUCGUCUCUGCCCUGGAUGAACUGGACAUUCCUUUCCGGAAGCCUGGUUGGGUGGUAGGGCUGGGAACCGAUGGCUCAACUAUGCUGCGCUGCAGAGGAGGCCUCGUGGAAAAGUUCCAGGAGGUCAUCCCCCAGCUGCUGCCUGUCCAUUGUGUGGCCCACCGGCUGCACUUGGCUGUGGUGGACGCUUGUGGGGGCAUCGAUCUGGUGAAGAAGUGUGACCGGCACAUCCGAACCAUCUUCAAGUUCUAUCAGUCCUCAAACAAAAGGCUGACCGAGCUGCAGGAAGGCGCGGCUGCCCUGGAGCAGGAAAUCGUCCGCCUAAAGGACUUGAACGCUGUCAGGUGGGUGGCCAGCAAGAGACGCACACUGAACGCGCUCAUCGUGAGCUGGCCGGCCCUGGCCAGGCACCUGCAGAGUGUGGUGGAAGCCGGGGGCCAGACAGGGCACAGGGCCGAGGGCAUGCUGAAGCUGAUGAAGAGCUUCCACGUCCUCAAGUUCUGCCACUUCCUCUUGGACUUCCUGAGUGUCUACAGGCCUUUGUCUGAGGUGUGCCAGAGAGAGAUCGUGCCGAUUACGGAGGUGAACUCCACACUGGGACGGGCCUUUGUAGCCCUGGAGACCCUCCGUCACCAGGCAGGGCCCAAAGAAGAAGAGUUCAAUGCCGGCUUCAGGGACGGGCAGCUCCACGGCAUCUUCUUGGACAGAAUGGAGAUGGCAGAACAGCGGUUCCUGGCCGACAGGGACAGAAUGAUCCUGACGGGCGUUGAGUACCUCCAGCAGAGGUUUGACACAGCCCGUGCCCCCCAGCUGAAGAACAUGGCGGUGUUUGACACUGUGGGCUGGCCAGGUGGGAUUGAACUGGCCAGUUUUGGGAAUGAUGAGAUUCUCGCCCUUGCCAGGUACUUUGAGCUGUCACUCCCCCCAGGGUACAGCGAGGAAGCACUGCUGGAGGAGUGGCUGGGGUUGAAAGCCAUUGCCAAGAGCCUGCCGUUCUCCAUGCUGUGCAAGAGCACCCUGGCCCAGCACUGCCGCUUCCCCCUGCUCAGCAGGCUGGUGGCCGUGGUGGUCUGUGUGCCUGUCUCCACCUCCUGCUGCGAGCGGGGAUUCAGUGCCAUGAACCGGAUCAGGACCGAAGAGAGGACCAAGCUCUCCAACGACGUGCUCAACAUGCUCAUGAUGACAGCAGUGAAUGGUGUGGCAGUCACAGAGUAUGACCCCCAGCCCGCCAUCCAGCACUGGUACCUGACCUCCUCAGGCCGGCGUUUCAGCCACGUCUACACCUGUGCCCCGGUGCCACCCCGCUCCCAUGCAAGGGCGGGGCUCAGGAAGGAGAAGAUGGGAGAGCUCUAUGUGGAGGGGGCCGUGACCCAGAAGCCGCCUGUACCAUCCUACGGGGAACCGGUGGAGAUCAGGAAGGACUGCAUCAUGGACCCUCCCGCCAGACUCCUGUACCCCCACACCAGCCAGGAGGCCCCCGAGCUGUCCUGAUAGAGGCUCUGCAGGAGCAGGACUCCUAGGAUUACCUUGGAGAGCCCCCGUGCUGCCCUGCCCCUUGGGGUCAUGCUGACAGGCUCUCUGCGGAGUGUCAGCUGCCCUAGAACCUUCUUUGGUGGGGACUCCUAAGCACCAGCAAGUAGACAGUGACAAGGUAGUUUUGCCCACAUCCCAGAGAGGCAGGGCAACCAGGAGGCACACAGCCUGUUUACCAUGGCCCCUCUCUACGCAGAGCGGGGACCUCCCAGCACUUAAAUAUGCAGAAAAGUUCUUAUCUCUAGUUCAUUUUUAAGGUGCUUCAGGAAAUAACCCCAUCAUGAAAGAUUUCACCCCAUGUUCUGGUGGCAAGAGGACUUUUCUGAAGUGGGAGAGAUUGUUGGGGGUAGGGGCUUAAAGGAGCACCCCCAGGCCCCUGGAAGGGUGUGGAGUGUCCCAGGGAGGCUGUCCAUGGCCUCAGUGGCCUGGGAAAGGCACUGGGUGAGGGGCAGAGGAUGACCAGGCUCCGGACAGCUGGCCUGGCUCUGGGAUCUGUCACCCUGGUUCCAUGGCAGAAUCAGGGACACCCUGACUUCAAAUGGGAGACUCACGUCAGAGAAUUUCUCUACCUUCUGCCUCCAGGGCCAUCCUUUAGGAUGAGACGAGCAAAAGCCCUUUGCACAGAGCGCUCCAGAGUGCUCUUGCAGCUUCGGCUGGCGGAGGGAUAUGUCUCCCUGGA